UCUUCAUCUCUAUCUAUAAUUAAUGAAAUACCAUUUUUUUCUCUCUUUCAUUCAUACAUUGUUAUAAUUCGUUGUUAUUGUCAAUUUGUGUACAUUCAUUGUUUUAAUUUGUGUACUAAUGUACCUAUUCAAUAUUAAGUAUUUCCAAAAUAUAAAAGAGAUAAAAAUGUAGUUUAAAUAUUCAGCUUUAAGACUUUUUUGUAAUAAUUCCAAUGUUACAUACAGUGAGUGUAAUUGAAGCAUUAAGAAUGUGGAAUCCAAAGCUAAAAUAAAAAUGCAACUACGAAUGAAGCAUCAUUGGACUUGGCGAUUCUUAAAAUUCUGCAAUGGCUGAUUAACUUUCGGAUAACUGUAUUCAUAGCUGGCAGAAAUGGCGCGCGGUACUAUAGCAUUCCUCCCCGUAUCUGGGGCCGCCUCUAGUCAUAGAAUAAGCUACUGUUUUAUAUAUAUUUCAAUACUCUUUUUAUUAGGUUUACCAAGUGCUCACAGUCAAAUUAGGAAGAUAUAUCUCGACGCGACAGACAUCAAUCUCCUUGUUGACGAGACUCAUCUCCUGAAACUCGUACAAAUUGGCCAAUAUAACAUCACAUUGGAGGUUACAUCAGAGAUUCAACAUCCCGAUAUAGUUCAAUUGGUCCCCCAAACUGUGGAGAUAACGGGUUCAAAAAGGCCCGACAGCAACAUUGUGAUUUCACAUGACAUUUGCGCAUAUGGAAAGAGUCCGGGACACUCCGAAGUCACUUUUAAUGUCACGCCUACAGAGUUCGUUAACCUGGACACAGUGUUUUUACGUGUAACCGUGAUGCAUUCGCACGCCAUCAAUGUGAUCUCCUACAUAAUGGGCUGGAUAUAUUUCGCAGCGUGGUCGGUCUCGUUCUAUCCACAAAUCUACAUCAAUUUCAAGAGAAAGAGUGUCGUAGGAUUGAACUUCGAUUUUCUCGCUCUCAACAUAAUGGGUUUCACCAUGUACUCAUUGUUCAACUGUGGCCUGUAUUUUUCCAGAGAUAUCCAGCUUGAAUACUUCAGUCGACACCCGCGGGGUUUGAAUCCAGUGCAACUCAAUGAUGUGUUCUUCUCGCUGCAUGCUGCUUUCGCGACACUUAUCACCAUCACUCAGUGCUUCUUAUAUGAGCGAGAAGACCAGCGUGUGUCGAUGACCGGCCGCGGUAUACUGGGAGUGUUUGGCUUGGUAGUGGUGGUGUCAGCAAGUGUUGCUGCCGCUGGUCACCUCGCCGUGCUAGAUUUCCUCUACUACUGCAGUUACAUCAAGCUCUCUAUUACGCUUAUCAAAUACGUUCCGCAGGCAUACAUGAACUACAAACGAAAGUCAACAGUGGGCUGGUCCAUCGGCAACAUCUUCUUGGACUUCGUAGGCGGAUUCCUCUCUAUCCUGCAGAUGGUGCUCAACGCGUACAACUACAACGACUGGGUGUCGUUCUUCGGAGACGCCACCAAGUUCGGUCUGGGCCUGUUCAGCUUGGUCUUCGACGUGUUCUUCAUUUUGCAGCACUAUGUGUUCUACAGGGAGUCCCGUUAUAUAUUACUGCCUGGGUCGAGCAUAGACAACGAAGAUCCGAACAUUGAUACACCAGAUGGCUGGGCUCCGUCUGCUGAGACCCCAUAUCAAACAGUGAACGGCCUAGUUACAAAUUUGAACCAGAUCCUGAAGUGAUAAAGUUCAAAAUAUAAUUCCAGAAGAAGAACCAAGUAUGAGGUUUCGUUUAUUGGAGACUAAAUAGACAAAUAACCGGAUGUGAAGUCCAAGCUGUCUAUAGCAGGCUGCAAUGUAACCACAGAGUAAACACGCAUACUUUUACUUAGUUACUUUGUACCAAGAAGAGUAUGACGUAUAAGAUAUCCCGGAUGAUUUACUGUAUGGAAAAAGAUGUAGCAUAAUAGGUACAUGAAGGUCGAUUACAAUUUUUUUUAUUAUUUUAUGUGUUUAGCGAUAUGUUAUAUUAGAAUUAUCAUCAGAAUAAUUCUAAUUGGAGUACGUGUAGUACUCUAACUUUAUGUAGUGUACUUACCGUAGACAGGCUCUAACUUUUUCCGAACGGCAAAUAUAGUAGGUACCUACCAGAGACUAGGACAUUGUGACAUCAUUAAGAACAACGUGUUAAGUUGGAUCCAGCUUAGCUUCUACUGUUACUGCAGCUGACUAAACGAGGUUUCCAAAAACAUUACAUAUGUAAAAACUAAGUGGAAAACGGACUAUUAGGAUCACAUUUAAUUUUUGAUGUUGCAUUGAAGUGAUUUUACAUCAGUUAAUAUUUUGCGCUUUUUAAUCCAGUGCUACGCAGAACAUUAUCGUAUAUAGUGACAUUUAUAAUAUAUGUACGAAAAAGACUGAGAAAGUGAUGUACCUAAUGUGUAGGUAUAGUAAAUUAAGUGUACUCAAGACAAUAAAUUUAGUUUAUUUAGUUUUUUUUACCUAAUAUGUAUUAUUUUUAAUAAGGUAACGGGAAGUAUUUAUAAGUACUAAUUAUUGCACUAAUAUACAACAAAACUAUUUCUGCAUAUUUUAAAUGAGGAACAAUAAAUUAUUAGAUUAAACAAAAUGUUCCAUAUUUCAAAAUAUGACGAA